AUGCCCAAGGGUCCCCAGACACCGCCUCCUCCCACCGUGCCCACGGCCAUCAAGAGCCGUGAGGAAGCCAAGCUUGGCGACGGCACCGAGGUGGCGACGUUCGCCUCGGGCUGCUUCUGGGGCACGGAGCACCUCUUCAACAAGUACUACAGCCACUUGCCGCAGUGGAAGAUCGAGGUCGGGUACACGGGUGGCCGCGACGACGCCAAGGACCCAUCGUACCAGCAGGUGUGCAGCGGGAACACGCAGCACGCCGAGGCCGUGCGGCUCCACUACCAGAAGGGGGCUGUGGGGUACGGCGAGCUCGUCGAGUUCUUCUACCGGACGCACGACCCGACGACUCUCAACUCGCAGGGCCCGGACAGGGGCACGCAGUACCGCUCGGCCAUCUUCUACCACACGCCCGAGCAGCUGGCGACGGCCAAGGCGGUGACGGCUGAGGUGCAGGACAAGUACCUCAAGGACAGGAAGAUUGUUACGGAGAUCUCGCCUGCGGCCAAGUGGUGGACUGCCGAGGAGUAUCACCAGAAGUACUUGGACAACAACCCCGGCGGCUACGAGUGUCCGACCCACCGCAUGUACUGGUAG